UCCAUAUCCUGCCUUGCAUUCUCCCACGAUGGGAAGCUACUCGCUUCUGGUUCAUCGGACCGCACAAUCAGAGUGUGGAACGUCGAUACCGGCGAGACCGUUCUUGGUCCACUGAAAGAGCACACGGACUGUGUUCUCUCUGUCGCAUUCUCCCCAGAUGACCAACAUAUUGUCUCUGGCUCUACCGAUUGUACGGUCCGCAUCUGGGAUGCACAGACAGGCGAACAGUUGCUCGAGUUCAAAGAGCAUAAGGACUAUAUCCACUGUUGCGUUGCGUUCUCAUCUGAUAGCAGCAAAGUCGUCUCGAGCGACGUCGAAAAGGCCAUCUUGAUAUGGGAUGUGAAGUCGACGCGUUGCGUUCGCUUGUUCCGUGGACGAACCGAUUGCGUUCUCUGCCUCGCAUUCUCCCACAAUGGGAAGCUCCUCGCUUCUGGUUCAGAGGACCGCACAAUCAGAGUGUGGAACGUCGAGAACGGCGAGACCGUUCUUGGUCCACUGAAAGGCCAUACUGGCUCGAUUGGCUGUGUCGCAUUCUCAUCAGAUGACCGACGUAUUGUCUCUGGCUCUGACGAUUGUACAGUCCGCAUCUGGGAUGCACAGACAAGCGAACAGCUGUUCGAGUUGAAAGGGCAUAUGGGAUGGGUCAUGUCCGUUGCGUUCUCAUCUGAUGGCAGCAAAGUCAUCUCGAGGGACGAAAGAGAUGAGAUCUUGAUAUGGGAUGGAGACUCCGGGCGUCGCGUCUGCUCUUUGGAGAAAACCAAGCAUUUGAGUUUCGACCUUCACUUCUCCCAUGAUGAUAAAUUCAUUGCAGGAGCCAAUGAAGAUGAACUAAGCAUAUGGAAUGUGGAGAGUGGAAAU